AUGGACCCCGCCGGCGAUAGACAACAGCGUCCCACCUUCCCUGGCUUCGCCUCGCAGGUCAGUUCGGCCUCGCAAAGCUCCAGCAGCCUCUCCACUCUCGCGAGCCCGUCGGUCUUUGCUGUCUCCGGCGCUACCUCUCAGCAGGCUCAGUCGCACGCCGGCGUCCCGAUGCCGCCUUCGUCUCCCGUCCCGCAGAGCAACUUCUUCGGCUCGCUACCACCCGGAAACAUGGCGGCAGCCCAGGCGGCACAAGUGCAGCGUGCCCCGCAGCAGGUCAGCAGGACGGCCAGCGUGGAUUACCAGCCCAACCGCGAUGGCGCGGGCAGAACAGCACAGGAGACGGCGGCGUACCUCAACGAGUACAGCCUGGUGGCAGAGGCGGCAAAACGCGCACAGAUGGCGGUGCUGAUGCGGGACAUGGAGGGCGUGGAGCUGUCAUGA